AUGAGUGGUCCAAAUGUUAACCUGAGUUAUUGUCGUAUAUAUUCGCCGGAGAAGCUAGUCUUCUCUGUGUCAUGUUCUUUGAGUGCAGGGUUUGUACCCGUCAUGAAUAAACUUUCAUCUUCAUCUAUUAAAGGAUCGGCCCCUUGCAUUUCCCGAUACAUAUAUGAAAGUUCCAGCGGCCGGCUGGAGUGUCGCCGGAGUCGAUGA